AUGGCGGACAUCCAUACACGGACAGUCGAGCAGCAGUUGCUGCCAGCCAGUCCUUCGGCCCAGAUGCAUCACUCUCAUCAGCUAGGCCAGCUGCAGCGAUCCGCAUCUGCUGUGUCUGAUCAGGACGGAGUAUUCUCAAGCUCUAUGGAUACAGGCUCAAGCCUUGUGCCGGACUGGAUUCAGCCUCCCAGUGACUUUAACAAUCUGACUUCGCUCGGAUUUGACAGUAUGUUUCAAUUUAGCGGACAGCCAGAUCCCUUCCCAAUUGACCACACAGAGUUUACAUCAAAUGACUUUGGCCUCCCAUCGGGGAUGGCUGGUCCCAUCUCCUCAAUCUUUGACGCAUCUCCGAAUAGUAUGUUGGUUCCUGGCAAUUCACUCGAGAACGGUGUAGCAGGAGGAUCCAUGGAUAGUAGCGGGUUUCAUGGGAAUGGAAAUAGUAGCAAUGGGGACAGUAGCAUGGCUAUUACAUUGGGCCAUACAGGCAAUGGCGGCAGCGGCCAUAAUUCCUUUAUCGGUUCUGAUUCAGCAGAUACAGCCAUGAUUGAUCAAAAUGGUGCUGUGAACCUUGAUCUUGCGUUGAAACCGCAUUAUAUGAAGAGCCUCAAAGCAUCUGCUGCUGCUGCUGCCGCCGCCGCCAUGGAACAACAACAGCACCCAUUGCGGUCACAGCAUCAUCAACAACAACAACAACAGCAAUCGCAUGCGCAUGCACAAGGAUUUAAUCCUGCGCAGAUGGAAUUUAGUUCAUCCGAGUCAGGGCCAACGCCGUUUUCUUCUGCGCCCUUGUCGUCGUCACAGCAACAGCAGCCUAUUAUAUUUCCGAUUCAGCAUCAUGGAGAAGGGCAGCCCCAGCCACAGCUGCAGUCGCAACAGCAACCAUUCGCAUUUCAACCUCAACAGUCAUUUAUUCCUCAACAACAACAGCAACAAUCCUCACAGCUUGAAGAGGAUGCAAUGUCACAGCAUGCUCUAUUUGGUCAGUCACGCCCUCUGUCUAUGAGCGGGUUAACGGCGCAGCAGCAGCCAUUAGAGGACAUGGUGUUUCAACAACAGCAUCAGCUUAGUCACGAUAUGAAGGGCCAUUUCCGACAUGCAUCCACUCCAAAUUUGUCAGAGUUGAUAAAACAGGAUGAUUCGUUACGCAUUCAGCGACAGCAGCUGCAGUUUCACCACCAACAAGAGUCGUCCCAAAUCUCUCAACAGCAACACCAACAGUCCAUGGCUUCAACGAGCAUUCAUCCUUUCUCGGUUGCGCCGAGCAUAAGCAGCAAAAUGAGCAUAGCACCGACUCGGACAGUGACAAAGCGCCCCAGUGAUUUACAUGUCGACAUUUCAGGCAGGUCCAGUUCAUUCCGAUUGAGUGGUGAUGUUAGGAACGGCGAUUUUCGCUUCGGAACUGAAGGCCGUGACCCCAGCGACAGCAGUAUUUCUGCUCCACUAUCGCCUACAAAUGGCUGUGUAACCGCACCAUUGACGCCCGCAUUCUUUUCGCCCGCAUUUGGAGAAGCAUUAGGGAGCCCUGGAUCGAUCUUGUACCAGAAUAGCCCAUUUAUUUUAGGCUCGCAAGAUCGCAGCAGAGCUUCCAUCCAGACAGACACUUCUAUGGGAUCCUUCAUCGAGAUGCAUGCGUCAAGUGCUUCUUCUCCAUCAUCGCUUGGUUCGCUCAGUGAAGUUGGUCAUCGCAUGUUUAGAGCUUCAGCAGACUCAAUGCACCCCCCUGUUGAGACAGUAACCCCCAUGGAUAUUGCAUGUAACUUUGACAUGUCAGGUGACAUGAGCUUUAUUGACAAACAGGAUAUUACAUCCUCAACUGUACAAACAUCGUCGAUAUCCACACUUCAACAUCGGGACUCGAUUUGUCACUCUCCUGAUCACAUUGACCCACAUAGUGUAGAGGUGAACCCCAGCUUCUUUGCUACGGCCUAUCAAGAGGAACAAACAACGAUCAAGAUGGAGACAGCAUCAACACCUGAGAUUGAUCAUGAUCAUGACGUUUCGCGUUCUAUCUUUAGUGGCGAUGGGCCAAUCCUAGAUGCGCCUAUAACGCCUACCGGAAACAACGUUCUUACAAGUCAUAGCCAUAGCCAUUAUAGUCAUAGUCAUAGUCAGAGUGGCACAACCCAGUUUACCAGGAUUCCACGCAAACGUCGUUCUAAUGAAGGCGUUUCCCGCUCACCCUCAGCUUCAUCGCCUUCCAACAGUAGUAGUCCUCCAAGACCUGCUCGUAGCCGCACUAUCUCUUCUUCGUCGUCUUUAGUUGAUGAGAAGGAAGAAAUAGCGGAAUCCCCCAGAUUGCCAUGCCAUGGAUCUGCUGCUUCAUUAAAGCCCAUCAUGUUGUCACCAGAUCUCAAGCCGCCUUCAAACAAGACUAUGAAGACCAUCAUCAAACGUUUUCUUGCCGCUAAAACUCCAGCUGCAGGGGGUGAAAAGUCAGUAUUAAUCCUUACAUCAAAGGUGGCUCAAAAAUCUUAUGGAACAGAGAAGCGUUUCCUAUGCCCACCACCUACGACCAUGCUCCUUGGCGGUAACUGGUGGUCAGUGCCUUCACCAGGUAGUUGCAGUAGUGGUAACCAGUCUUUAGGAGAGACAACCAAUCCCAUUCCUACACCACCAAAGAUGGUCAUCUCAAUCUGUGGAGAAGCUGGCAGUCAACAAGGAGUGAUCGAUUGGACGACGACUAAGGAUGAUUCUGUAACACCGAUCGUGACAGGAAAAUGUGUCUCGAAACAGUUGUAUAUCAACGAUGCAGAUGAGAAGCGUAAAAAAGUCGAAGUCUUAGUCAAGUUCUUGAUGGCUGGUGAUAUCGAGCUAGGUACAUUUGCCAGUCGACCUAUCAAAGUUAUCAGCAAGCCCAGUAAAAAGCGCCAGAGUAUCAAGAACAUGGAAUUAUGCAUCCAUCACGGUACCACAAUCUCAUUAUUUAACAGGAUUCGGUCUCAGACAGUGUCAACAAAAUAUCUAGGGGUGUCCACGACGGCCCAGCCCUCAGCGCAUGCGCCAUGGAACUAUGGUAAUAAUAACCUCAGGGACUGGCCUAGCCUUGAUCCACUUCCUGAUGCCUCAGUCAACCCUGUAAAUACGGAUGGAGGCACAUGCUUUGUGGCACGGACUGGAAGCUGGGAUCCCUUUGUUGUUUGGAUAGUGACUCCAGGUCAGACCAGGACGGAAACUCUGCAGGAACACUUUCAGCGUCAUCCAGGGUUCCCACCACCACCCGCCAUUGCAAUCAAUUCGCCUCCGGAAAAUGGGCCCCAGACGCCUAUUCACUAUAACCAACCGAUUGUUCUGCAAUGUCUUUCCACUGGUCUUGUCAGUCCUGUAAUGGUGAUCCGGAAGGUUGAUAAGGGCAGCAUGGUUCUGGGGGGAGGUUCUUCUGGCCAAUUAGCAGCCGAAUAUGACCAAGAAGCUAUCGGAGAUCCAGUCUCGCAACUCCACAAAGUGGCGUUUCAGAUCACGGGUCAGUCCACCUCUGCUGAAACAUCGCAGUCCAAGCUUCAACAAGGAACAUACCUCGCAUGUCUGGGAGAUGUUGUGGGCAUGCAACGGGCGAACGAGGGAAAAAGGUAUCUGCCAGAUACCAAGGGCUCUGCCAACUGUUCUGCUUUGACAAAUGAAGAUGAUGAUGGUAGCAGUAAUAGUGGCAACAGUACUACCCAGUCUUCAAGUUCGUUUGCGAUGGAUAUCGUUCCUGAAAUUCCAGAGGGCAGUGUCCCAGAGGUACUGAUGUCUACCUGGUCAGAGGCAGCAAAUAAGGCUAUGCGGACGGGUGCAUUUGGAAGCGCUGGUGGUGGCAACGAAAAGGCCGUAAUCACAACUGCUGAUGGACAUAAGGUUGAGCGCAAGAGACGCGUAUCAUCUUCAGUCGUGAUCAAGCCAACUGGCGGAUCUACUAAAGCGAUGGUCAAGUCGAGAAGGAGAGUCAAUAGUAUGAGUGUGACUCAAGCUGAGGCCCAGCGAAUUCGAGCCGGUGCAUUGGCGGCCAAUAGCCAGUAUCAUCAGAAUCCGAUUCAAGUCUAUGUCAGUGCUGCAAACUCGGGUGCUGUAGGCUCUACUGGUUCUGCAGCUGGAGCAGAGUUGGGAAAGGAUAAGCUUGGUUCAAACAAGGAGACCGGUAAGGUCCUGACCAUACAACAGCAGCGACGCCAUUCAUCUAUCUGGACUGAAGAUGUCACGGAUGCUGCUGUCUGGACCAUUGUAGGAACUGAUUGCGCCCAGUACAAUUUCUGCACACCUGGAGGCAAUGAGUCCAUGUCACUGCCCCGGUCACCUGUGACGGCGGUUCCUAUGGUGCUAGAAAUCUGCCUAAAUGGCCACCCAUUUGGAUCACGAGCCUCAGUAGGGCCUAUCUACAUCAACAGUACUGUAAAUACUACAACGAGCUCUGGUAACAACAGUGGUGGAAGCAGUCAUCACUCAUUCAGUAAAAAUCACGGAAACAAAGCUCUUCGGGUGAUGGAGUCACAUCAGAACAAUGGCAAUACUUAUCAACAAGAUGGAUCGUUCCAUCAUCAUCAAAUUCAUCAUCACCAACAACAUCACCGUAACAGCAAUGGAGGCUCAGGGACACCACGUGUCAUGACCCUAAAGGGUCAUGGAUUUUCACGAGAUUUGUCUGUUUGGUUUGGAACGAUUAAAGCCCCCGUGACCGAAUACCAAUCACCAGAAUCGAUGGUAGUCCAUAUUCCACCAGAGGUGACGCUAAAAUCAUCAUUUUAUUUCCGAAAAGAUGAUGAUGAUUUGGAUGUAAGAGAUGAUGAAGAAGAUGAUGAAGGAAAAGGAGAGGAUGAAGAUCAGGAAGCAAUGAUGGAAGAGUCUGACAAGCACCUGCGAUCGACCAAUAACCGGUUCCGACGAAAGCGCGUUAAGGGUAGUCAGAGCGAGUCUGACUGUAUUCCAAUGUUGCUCGUCCGGACGGAUGGUGUGAUCUACCGGUCGGGUCAUAGCAUUGCGCUUGGAGAGCCCAAAGUUAAGGGAUGA